GAUUAUUGCGCCAGUUCGGAAAAUAAUUUGCCAUCAUCCCUAAAUAAAUCUUCGUUUGGGCUUGAACUUUCGUUGCGUAAGCUUUGCAUAAAGCCACAGUGAUCUCCUCAGAGCAGGUAGUAGAUAUUUAUUAUUUAAAAACAACUGGUUGUUGUUUGGGCGAUGGCAGAUUUUGAGAGUGAAAACCCKGARUCUCACGACUUCAUAAACGUCGACAAACCAGAGUCCGAGGUGGUGUCAACCGAACCCGAGCCAGAACCUGAACAAGAAGUCUCUUCAACUACUGAAACCAUGGAUUCUACUCAACCUGAGUCAGAAGAACAGUUUCAGAAGCAAGAAAAAGACGAAACUCCAGAGAUUCCAGAAGAAAAAUCGGCCGUUGUGGAUGACAAACCUGCAGUCGAAGCGGACUCGACCACCACUUCACGAGAGUUGACAAGCUUCCCAGCUCGGUGGAUGAAAGAAAACAACUUMGACAAAAGAGUUAUCGACCUCAUUUACUGGAGGAAUGUCAAGAAAACGGGAGUGGUAUUUGGUACAGAGCUGGUAGUGCUGCUGUCGCUAGCUUGUUACUCACUACUGAGUGUYGUUACAUUCUUCUCAAUGGCAGUUCUUACUGUUGCUCUUCUGUAUCGUGUUGGAAUGACUGUCAUGGGAGCCAUCCAGAAAAGUGGAUCUGAGAACCCUUUCAAGAAAUAUUUGGACAAAGACAUUGAGAUCUCCAAAGAAAAGGCAUCUGAGUUUGUAGAAUGCGUUGUUGGACAUGUUAAUUGUGGCACCAAAAGACUGAGAAGACUUUUCCUGGUUGAGGACAUUGUGGACUCUAUUAAGUUUGGUGUUAUUCUGUGGGUGUUGUCUUACAUUGGUGCUUGGUUUAGCAUGCUAACAUUGCUCAUUCUAGCUGUGAUUAUGGCAUUUUCUCUCCCAUGGGUCUAUGAAGAACAUCAGGACAAAAUUGAUGAAGUGUUAAAAACAGUUCACUCUCAAGURAAGACAAUCAUUGAACAGUAAGUACUAGAAGCUGCCACUUACUAGACUUAUGGU